AUGGCUACCCAGCGUCCUUAUCUCCUGCUUCUGACCUGCCUGCUGGCCCUGGCAGCUCCUCUUCUUGCCUUUGACAUAAGAAACUUGUACCUCCUCAAUGGCACUUUGGAUGAUGUUAUGAACAUUCCCCCAAAGUCCUUCCAGCUUGAUAAGGGUGACAAACAUGUUCGACAGGUCAGAGACACUGCCCCCCACCCAUCGGCAGUCCAUGGUUGGCCUAAGGACUGUAGCGAGAUCCCCACUGGCAGUCCCAGUGGCAUCUACAUCAUCAAGCCUGCAGGACUCCACUACAUUCUGGUGUACUGUGAAAUGAAUGUAACAAAUGGAGGUUGGACGGUCAUCCAGAGGAACAAGAAAGACACACCCGUCACCUGGGCCGAGUCCUGGAGCACCUACAAGUAUGGUUUUGGGAACGUGCGCAGUGAGUACUGGUUGGGCACCGAGCACAUCUAUCAGAUUGCCAAGCAGAAGGUCUACCAAGUCAAGUUUGUCAUCCAGGAUGCCACAAACACCACCAAGUUUGCAGACUACAAUCUCUUCAGUCUGGAAGAUGAACCCCAUGGCUAUCGGUUGAGACUAGGCUCCUACACUGGGACAGCAGGAGAUGCCAUGACCUCAAACAAUCCCAACAAUGUGCAUGACAACAUGAAGUUCUCCACAAAGGACCGGGAUCAGGACACUUACAGUAAGAACUGUGCCUACAGCUAUGAGGGUGGAUGGUGGUACUCAGCAUGUUAUUCUGUACGGCUGAAUUUCAAGGGUGGCAUGACAUGGGGUAGCUUGUGUACUGGGAACUGCAAAUCCUCUCUCAUCCUCAUCAAACCAGCUCCCUACUGUUAG